AUGUCACGCUCAUCCAAAUCCAAGAGCCGGUCGGCGAAAUCCACCAUCGUCCGUAUCCAAUAUGAUCCCACGCUCAAGUCAUCCCUCGUCCAUCUCCCAAUGUGCCUCUACGCACCUUUGGUCGACCUCUCCGUCCCGCCCCAAUCACUCGUUGUCGAGAUCGACCCUUCCCCCACCUCACCUUCAGCAUUACCCUACUACGCUGGAUGGUCUGGAAUGAAUGCAGCCCCGCUUUCUGUCCAACAGCUCAAUGGCUCAUCUGCGGCUGCGACCAAUGGAAGAGCAUCAGCUACGGACGUGCUCAACAUCUCCCCUUCUCUCGCAGCUUCGUUCUCCCCACCACUUCCAGACGGAGCGACAUGCUCAGUGCGGCUGCUACGCUCCCCACCGCUACCAACUGCAAGCAAGAUCGAUGUGACACCUCUGUCAGCGGAUGACUGGGAGAUUCUAAGUCUCCAUGCGGAACAAGUGGAGAUGAAUAUGCUUGGUCAAGUGCGGGCUGCGACUACGAAUCAGCUUCUCACAGUGCAUGUUGGCAGAGGUGGGAACACGGUGGUCAAGUUUAGGGUUCAUUCGACCACUCCGAGUACAGCAAGUCUUGAUGCUGCAGAGCCGGAUACCGACGACGGAGAUGCGGCAGCAGCAGCAGCAGCGAUCGCAGUUCGUCUUUCGACCGAUACAGAGGUGAUCAUUGCCCCGAGGCUGCGCAAGAAAGCAUUCGAUCCUUCGACGCAGGAACAACAUUCCUUGCAACCUACCAACAAACCUGCUGCUAACGGUGUCGGUACAGAGGCCGAAUUGCAGGCGUUGAAGCAGACUCUGCCGAAACUCCUCUGGCGGGUGUUGCCGCAGCGAUUUGCUGAAGGGUUGGAUCUCACGCGGUUGAUUGCAGGGGUUGCAGUUCCUUCGACCUCGAACAUGGGUCAUGUCCAGUUGCAGCAGGUCUAUCCGGAUGGAAGGCUUUCAGUGACAAAGGUUUCUUGUCCCACGAACAACAGUGCGUCUGAUUUGGCUGCUGCUGAAAGAGACAAGAGUGGAUCAUCUACAGCGAACGGAUACGACAACAGUGCUCAGGGUGCUGCACCUGCAAGACCGACGGCUAGUGCGAGGUUUGUCAAUGCAGAUCAACUCCCGGGUAGCAGAAAGUACGCUGAUGCCGUCUGGCCAGAGAGGCACGUAUUGGUUGGAGCUGCGUUGAGGGAGCAGUUGGGGAUUCAAGAUUACGAUUUGGUGCGGUUCAGUGCUCCCCCUCCCGGCCGCUUCUCCAAGUCUGCACCCGCAAAGCCCUCCACGGCGGCGGGAACAGCUUCAACAGACACAUCGGCCAAGGAUGCAGAGAACGACCUCGCAGGCGUAGACCAAAUUCUUACUACCACAAAGGGAUUUAUCUCUGCAUGCUUCCGUUCCCGUGUCCUCUUCUUCUCCUCCUCCUCCUCCUCCUCCUCCUCCUCCUCCACCACCACCUCCACCUCUAAACCUUAUCCCGGCUCCUCAGCCCUCCUCCUCACCGGCGGACCAGGUUCAGGCAAAACCUCGAUCACCAAACGACUCGCCUCCGAUCUCUCCUCCAACUUCAACCUCUGUCUAUCUACCACCUACCACGACUGUUCACCCUUCUCUGAAGAACGGGUUCCUGUCCUCCGCGCUCGCUUUUCAGAAUGGCUCAAUGAGGCGGCUUGGAAAGCUCCUUCGCUGCUGAUACUGGAUAACAUCGAUAGGAUCAUCCCGGCCGAGAUGGAACAUGUGGAUUCCCAAAGGAGCAGGCAGUUAGCGGAAGCAUUUGUAGCGAGGGUGAGGGACUGUGUGAAGAGUUUCGGGGUGUUUGUCAUCGCAACGGCGCAGGGAGGGAGUAGUGUACAUGGAUUGUUGAAUAGUAGUCAUUUAUGGUUGGAUACUGUGCAAUUGAAGCCGCCCGGGAAAGAGGGGAGGAGGCAGAUUUUGCGGUUCUUAGUGGAGAAGAAGGUGAGGGGUGCCAGAUCAAAACAGGUUGGAGGGGAGAUGGAGAGGGUAGGAGGGGAGGAAAGAGAGUUGAACUUUGUCACGUUGGCUACUCAGACCGAAGGAUAUUUACCGACGGAUUUGAAGGAUCUGGUGGAACGGGCGACUCAUCAAGCUGCUAUUCGAGCUGCUUCCGACGAGGCUUCGAGCAACGUAAAAGCAAGCGUUGCGAAUGGUGUCAUCAAGGAUUCAAGCACAGCAAACGCUGUCGUAAACGCAGACGCAGAAGAACUUUCAAUAAGGAUGUCCGACUUUACCGCAGCCCAAGAAGGAUUCAUUCCGCUUUCCCUCCGCGAUGUCAAACUGGAAAAAUCCACCGUUGCAUGGUCCGAUAUCGGUGGUCUAGUCGACACCCGCCGUGUAUUGCGAGAGACGCUGGAGUGGCCUACCAAAUACGCCGCCAUUUUUGCGUCAUGCCCACUCCGCCUCCGAUCAGGUCUUUUGUUAUAUGGCUAUCCAGGGUGCGGUAAAACCUUGCUCGCCUCAGCUGUAGCAAAGGAAUGCGGAUUGAACUUUAUCAGCGUCAAAGGACCCGAGAUCCUCAACAAGUACAUUGGCGCAUCCGAAAAGUCUGUUCGCGAUCUGUUUGACCGAGCACAGGCAGCCAAACCUUGCGUUCUGUUCUUUGACGAAUUCGACUCGAUCGCUCCCAAACGUGGACACGACAGCACGGGUGUAACGGAUCGAGUUGUCAACCAGAUGCUAACCCAAAUGGACGGAGCGGAAGGACUGGAUGGAGUCUAUGUUCUAGCUGCAACAAGUCGACCCGAUUUGAUCGAUAGUGCGCUGUUAAGACCAGGAAGAUUGGACAAGAGUCUUUUAUGUGACAUGCCGGGAAGAGGAGAUAGGUUGGAUAUCAUGCGGGCGAUUGCGAGGAAAGUGAAAUUGAGUGAGGAGGUGGAUUUGGAGAAAUGGGCGGAUCGGACGGAUGGAUUUUCAGGGGCGGAUUUACAGGCGUUGCUGUAUAAUGCGCAUUUGGAGGCUAUUCAUGAGAGUAUUACUGCUGCGCAGGAGGAGAAGGGUGGAGAGGAGAAGAAGGAUGGUGUUGGGGCUGAUGGUGCGAUCAAGUUUACGACCAUCGGUGGCGGUGGUGCAGGUGGUGUGGCGGCGGGGAAGAAGACUCUCAGUGGAGCAGAGAGACAGGCGUUGGUAAGAAAACUAGAGCUUGUGCUGAAGAAUACUCAAUCUCAACAGCAGCAGCAGCAUAAGGCGGGGAACAAGGUGGGAAAGACUCUGCCUUGGCAACUCGCUUCUGCUGUUCCCAAUGGCGUCGCACACGAAGACGAGGAAGAGGAAGGAAAGAAGGAAGGGAAAAAAAGCAAAACGUUGGUCACAGAGGCUCAUCUGGUCACUUCAAUCAAGAGCACCCGUCCAAGUGUGCCGCUAGAAGAGCAGCAAAGACUGCGGAGAAUUUAUAGAACCUUUGCAGGUGACAGAGAUGGCAACUUCCCCGAUGGUGAGGCUAGUACGCAGAUCGGGGCUAGGAGCAGUCUUAUGUAG